CAGGAGCCCAUUACUUAGAAAUAGCCCAGAGGGGAAGAUGCGUUCCAGUUUGGACUUCCGCCACAAUUCGUAUUUAGUUUGCUCAAGCGGCAGGAGUUCAUUAAUGAUUAUCAGUAUUCGUUGGUGAAUGCAACUCCUGAAAUAUGGGCAACUUUUUAAUUAAGUGGGCGAUCGGAGGGAUUGAAGAGGAACACACCAUUGGAGAAACUUUGGAAGAUGGCAGACUUCAAAAGGAAGUAAAGAUUGGUUCGCUACACAAUCAAAGACAAGUACAUGUAAUUCAAACCUCGGACUCCGUCAAAUGGACAGCUACUCCUCAAAUGGCAGAUACACAUCGAAACGACGCUAAAGCCAGAAAUCAGCAGAACGAUCACGUGUACGAAGGAUUACGGGAUCCAUACGUGUUGGUAAUAAACAACGUAAAUUUUAUCAAAAACCCAGUUCCAAGAAACGGAGCUGAAUUCGAUCUCAAAAAAGUGGAAACAUUUGCUAAAGAAGCUGGUUUCCAAGCUGUGAAGCAGCACAAGGACCUAACAAAACAAGAGAUGGUGCGCAUCCUUGACGAAACUCGCAAAAAGAGAGAAUUAGAUAAACAUGAUGGUUUCAUCUGCAUUAUCAUGAGCCAUGGCGAUGAGACAGGAAUUUUAUGCAAGCACGGUGAAACCAUUCCAGUGGAGGAAAUAACGGCUAAAUUUCGUGGUGGCAACAAAUCGUGUCCCCAAUUGGUCGGUAAACCCAAACUGUUCUUCAUUCAAGCCUGCAGGGGUAAAUUUGACGACAAAGGGUAUGGGCUCGAAUCAGACAAUGUUGUUGCUGAUAACGCCCAGUAUGAAGAGAUGCCUGUAAAACUUCCUUCUGAAGCAGAUUUUCUGAUCAGCUACUCGACCACCGUGGGAUGUAUUUCUCAUAGGAGGUUCACAGAUUCUACGGUGUACGGAGAAAGACACAGGGAAAAACUGGGUUCUUGGUUCAUCUCCUGCUUGGUUAAGGUUCUUCAUGAAAAUUCACACACUGACGACUUAAUGACAAUGCUGACUAAAGUGAAUCAAGAAAUGACCAAAUAUAAGACAGAUGGUGGAAGCAAACAGAUUUCAUGCCAUCUCACCAUGCUCACGAGAAAGGUCUACUUCGCAAAUUUUUUUGAUAAGAACUUUUAACUUGCCAUCGAACCAGAGACAUCUGACUAAUAAUCGUUUCUUUUAGUAGCGAUAAACAUUCUUGUAAAUGACAUAUUUUGGCUGAUAGAAUUGUUAUAUUCUACUGUUAGCAGGGAAAGGUAACAUUUAGGAGAAAAACAAACCACAAAUUACCCCCACCCUCUCCCGCUUAGUAGGAAUUGUCAUCCAAACAUUGCGCUUUUUUGACUUCCGAAACAAGUAGACUGUUUUUUUGGAGACGCGCGAAGCAGUUUCCGCUGGAGAGAAACUUAUUUAAAUAAUAUAAUUAUAUAAUUACAUAAAAUACCUGGGAGUCUAUAUCGAUAAGCACCUAAAUUUGUCAGCCACAGAUACAACAUAUAAACAACAAAAUGACAAAAUUCCUGGAAUACUCACUAAAUUAUAAGAUAUCACAUAGGUUUUAAUAUGCUAAAACAAAUAUACUAUGCUUUGAUAUAUCCCUAUUUAAGCUAUAGUAUUAUUGCCUGGGGCUGUGGCACCAAUACUGAACUAAAUUGUCUUUGUAUUAAGCAGAAUAAAUGUCUCCGAAGCAUCUUCUUUGCGCGUGCUAGGUAGAGUGUUAGUCCUUAUCAUAAACUGUUGGGAAUUUUAAAAUUAGAUGGGAUAUAUAAAUUCAGAAUAUGCUGCCUUGCACAUAAGAUUAAGAAUAGAACUGAUAGCGUUCCAGAUGUCUUCCUUGAUGUCCUGACCCCAACAUGCGAAAAACAUAAUUAUAAUACAAGAUUUGCUAGUAAUUUCAAUUUUUUUAGACCAAGAGUAUCCACCAACACGGGAAAAUCAUUAUUCAAAUUCUCUGGUUCAAAGAUCUGGGAAACCGUACCCACCAAUCUUAAAUAUAUAUUCCCGACAGUAUCUUUAAGAGAGAAUGAAAACGUCAACUUUUGCUUAAUCAAACUUGAUAAUUUUGCUUCACUUCAGUUUACUGCUGAUUUAUUCUUAGUGUAGGCUGCUAUUUAUAUGAUCAUUACAGUGUCCAACUAGAAAGCUCUUGCUACCUUGGACACCGUGCACAUGUCAACCUUAUAUUUAUGGCCAAAUAAUACCUUCAUUUUUUUCUCUGUCUCUUAUCUUUAAUAUAAACCU